AUGAAACAUACUGAACAGAAAAGCCAUUUUGAUGGCACUAACAUAACAAGGGUUCCAAUUAUAUGGCAAAACUUGAAGCGUACUGCUAGCGAAACCUCUGAGAAUCCUCCCUUAAAAAGACCACGGCUUAUACCAGAAUCUCCUGAACUCUUAUACAACAGCUUCUUCCGUUCUAUUCAUGAUUAUAUAAAGGCCACUGUUGACUCCACUACUAAAAAAAGCAAAAGUGUGGAAAGGGAUCUGAACAAGUUGGAACAAAAGUUGCUCAAUAUCAAAACCUUACCAAGAGGUGUCUUGACAUAA